ACAAAUUCAUUUCGCAUAGGUUUCACCUAUACAUAAUACCAAUGUGUGCAUCUUUUAUAUUGGUUAUAUUGCAAUAAUCUAACUUAAUACUUGUUUGGUGUGUUGCAUUGACGCGUCUACCUUCGUCGUAGACUGAACGACGAGUUAUUGCGCUUAUAUAUAUUGUUCAAUAUGGUAAACAAAAACAUAAAACGGAUAAACGUGAAGGUUGGAAAGCAAAUUGCUAUCGGCACUUAUGCAUUUCCACUUACUCCACUGGAGAAGAAGCGUUAUGGCUCUAUGACCCAUCGUUGGUCGUGCAUACUUCGAUCGCCAACGAAUGAAAACAUGACCCAUUACAUCAAGAAAGUCCAAUUUGAUCUGGAUCCCUCCUUCAAUAACCCAAAGCGUGUGGUUACAUCAAUGCCAUAUGAAGUAACAGAAGUUGGUUGGGGAGAGUUUUACAUCGUAGUUAAGAUCUUUUUCGUUGAUGACUCGAUAGAGCCGAUUAAACUUCAACAUUUUCUAGUGUUGAAUGCUUCGGAGAACUCAACUGCUCCUUCAACAGUUGCAAUUAAUGAGACUUUUGACGAAAUUGUAUUUAACGAGCCUUCGUCAUGGUUCUAUAAACAGUUGAUGUAUAGCACAACAGAUAUAUUGCCACCGCACAAAUACCAGGAGCAUUUUUGCGACCAUGCUGCGAAGGAAAAAGAAGCAAUUUGCAGAUAUAUAUGCUGUCAAUCCUACUUCCAAAAUGAAACUUAUCGGUUAUUGGCUGAAGCAUCAGAGAUUUCACGCCAGAUACAAUACCUUCAAGAGAGGGCACAAGGAAAUAAGAAUCCUGCAAUUCCAUCUAUGGAUGAUACCGGUGGCAACAAAACGCCGAUCAACGUUAAAGGUGCUCAAUGCGUUACACCUACAAACAAGUUUGGCACUGGUCAAAUAAGUGCUGAUCAUUCAGAAGCUACAUCUGCUGAACCUCUACAUGAGAGAUCACCACGGCAGUCACCUAGAAAGCAAGCUCCUGAACAUGGGAUGCUAUUGAGUGCCGGCGCAGCAUUAACGGCCAAUGGUUCCAUCGAUGGCAAUAUGGACGAUAAGAGUGACGAUAAGGAGUUUGUCGACUGCGUAGAAUCUAUGUAAUUCCUGUGCUAACGACAACUUCUAAUCUGUGGUAUCCUGAUAGGGGACAUUAUUUUAGUAUCGUAUUAAUAACUGGCGUGGGUUGUUUGAGGCAACUAU